AUGGCGACAAGUAGCUCUGAUGGAUCCUGUACUGCACCUGCAGAUUUUCAGCUUUCCUCAGAGCUGGAAGACGUUUCGAAUCGUUUAAGCGUAAAUUUAUUAAAGUGUCCAUUGUGCCAUAAUAGCAGUCGAAUUGUUUACUGUCGACAGUGUAUUCAAAAUGGUGAUUUUAUUUAUUCAACUACUGUUUAUACCGAACGAUUUGCAGAUAAACAAUUGCGACUUUUACGGUUGAAAGCUGCUAGAGCUCAGUUGGAAGAAAAAUGUGUGAAAGCUCUUGACAAACACAAACAACGGGAUAAAUUGAUAUGUGAUAUAAAUACUUGUAAAGAAAGAGUUAGGCUACUUCAGUCAUUAGUGAAUGAAACCAGACAAAGUAUAAACAGAGGUAAUCAACGUUUAAAUGUUCUCAAAGAUGUAAACUCUCAGUUAGCACUUAGACUACCUAGACAUGAAGAAAGAGUAGAAAAAUUACAUCAAUAUGUUACUGGUUUGAGAGCAAGACAAGAAAAACAAAAAGAAGCAGUAGAUAGAAAAAGGCAACAACUGAAAAAAGUUAUCAGAACUGCUGCAAAACAAUUAAUUCAGUAUAUUUUUCCAUUAUCUAAAGUUCAACCUAACAGAAGUUUAUGUAGUAGUGAAGAAGAUGCUAGUUCAGAUGUUGUAACUUGUGCACUAGCAGAUGCAUCUGGAACAUCAUAUGUUAGAGGCAGAUGGAUUAAUGAUACAGAAAAUGCUUUAGAGGUUCAGCAUCGUAUAGUUGCUCCAACUUUGCCAGGAACUGGAGAUUAUAGUGCUUAUUCUCUAUGGGUGGCAGCAAACAAAGAUGGAGUGCCAGGUGCAAAUAAAGAGACUGCAAUGCACAAUCCAGCAUACAAUAUCAGUGCUGCUUUAACUUAUGCCACACAGUUGGUUAAUAUUAUUGCUUAUUAUGUUAAUAUAAGGCUACCAUAUCAACUUGCUUAUAGAGAAUUUUGUGGAAAUGAAAUGUCAGAUCAAAAAUUUGCAAGAAAAGUAGCAAGGCUCAAUAGCAAUGUAUUACAUUUAUGUUUUACACAAAAUACCAACAUUGCAGUUUUACAUCCAAUGCAUACUUUACAGAAUCUAAUGCACUUGCUCAAUACUUGUGUAUUAAACAGAAUUGGUCCAAUGGAAGUUGACCCAAAUAUUGUAGCACAACUGCACAGUCAAUUAGUUCCCGAUUUAGAGAAUAGUGACGAUUCUGCUUCUGACGAAGAGGAAGAUACUUUUAAUUGGGAUUGGGAAGCUGUACCAAAUGUUGCUUGCCCUGAAAUGGCAGUUCCAAUCCCUGGUGCAAUGGUUAGUCAACAAUCAUCUAGUAUGCAAGUAAAUCAAAGUGUUGCCGGUGGUUUAGUUACAAGUGCUGCAGCGGGUAUAGCCUCAAUUUGGCGUGGUUGGACGACAAACAAAUAAACUGU